AUGUACGACAAGCAAUGUGUUUGCACGAACGCUACCGUGCCGAAACAUUCUCCUGAUCGCGUUCCAGAAGAAAUGUUUUCUUUUCGAUGGGCUAGGAAACCUUGUGGUGGAUAUCCGUAUUCUCUUCGCGCUGCCCUUUUCAGCGUGUAUUAUGCGAAUGAGUCUAAGAAGCCUGUACCUCAUGCAGCUACGCCGCAAGAUGCGACAUCGCCUACCGAGACCAAACCUGCCAAGACCGUCGCACAGACUCCCGGGCGAUCAGUUGGAGAGAUCAUAGAAGGUGUGGAGACGGAAGUUCAGCUCCAGUUGCUGAUCCUUGAGGGAGGAGUUUGGGAGAUUAUUGCGUGGAUGGGUCGCGUCAUGACAAAACUGGUUCCGCCAAGGGAAUGA